AUGUCUUUUUUUAACAAGAUUAUUGACAAGGCAAAGCACGGGGCACACCUUCACCAUCAUCAUCAUCACCAAUCCGACACCUCGCUCCCUGCCGCUGCUGCUGCCAACAAUGAUAACACCACCGACACGAGCAAAGGCGGUGAAGAUACAAAGCUCGGCAUACACACACCCCAUUCAUCUACAUCGUCGGCUGAACCACACAAUCAACAACAACAACAACAACAAAAUAAGGCAGCCACUUCAACAAACGCAACAAUGACACCUUCAAACAAUAACACAGCAGCGGCUGGUUAUGUAACACCACGAGCAUCCGUUGACAAACCUUCGACACAAACUAAUAAUGCAAACGAAAUGGAUGUGGAUUCUACCAAUGCUGACCACGCUGACGUACAAAAGCUGAUGCAACUAAAAGCCCAGCAACAGCGGGCAGCCAUGCGACAACGAUAUCAGCAAUACGAUCAACACAUUCUCGAACAACGCAAAAAUCGACCUCGUUUGAAACUUGAUGACUUUCAUUUGCUACGUACCCUCGGUACGGGUUCAUUUGGUCGUGUCCACCUUUCUCAAUCAAGACACAAUGCACGAUACUAUGCCAUCAAGGUAUUGAAAAAGACCGAGGUGGUGCGAUUAAAACAAGUUGAGCACACCAACAAUGAAAAGCACAUUUUGGAAGCAGUGGCCAAUCCUUUCCUUGUGAAUUUAUGGGGCACGUUUCAAGAUGAUGCCAACUUGUACAUGGUGAUGGAUUACGUGCCGGGAGGAGAGCUCUUUAGCGUACUGCGAAAAAGCAAGCGUUUCCCAGACCACGUUGCCAAGUUUUACGCGGCCGAAGUGGUGCUCGCACUCGAGUAUUUGCAUGCCAAAGAUAUUGUAUAUCGAGACUUAAAGCCCGAGAACUUGUUGUUGGACAGCAAUGGCCACAUUCGCAUUACCGAUUUUGGCUUUGCCAAAUAUGUCCCUGAUGUCACUUGGACCCUGUGUGGUACCCCCGACUAUCUUGCUCCCGAGGUAAUUCAGUCAAAGGGUUAUGGCAAAGCCGUGGAUUGGUGGAGUUUGGGUGUGCUUGUAUUCGAAAUGUUGGCAGGAUAUCCACCCUUCUUUGAUGAAGAUCAUCUCAAAUUGUACGAAAAGAUCCUUCAAGGCAAAAUCCGAUGGCCUAGUUAUUUCGAUCCCAAUGCUAAAGAUUUGCUAAAACGACUACUGACAUCUGAUCUUUCAAGACGUUAUGGUAAUCUCAAGAAUGGAGCCGAGGAUAUCAAAUGUCAUCCAUGGUUUGAUGGGGUUGAUUUUGAUCGUGUGGGCAAUCGUCAAAUUCGAGCACCUUACAUUCCACACAUUCGUGGUGAUGGUGAUGCUAGCCAUUUCGACAAGUACCCCGAACAAACCGAGCGUUAUGGACAACCAUGCGAGGAUCCCUACAGAGACAAGUUCCCCGACUUUUAA